UGCCCGGGCUUAGGAAGAGUUGGAGCUGUAAAAGCAGCUGUCUUCAGAGCACAGCGAAAGAAGAUGAGGCACGUGCAUGCUUUCUCACAGCAGGAGAGGGCCUAUGCAAAAUAAUGACUGGUUUAUCGACUGAGCCCCCAUAUAUGGACCCCUACUAAAGAGCAGCAAAGGUUGGGAUAAGGCAUCUGCCUUUCUGCAAGACUUGGAAGGGAAAAGAGCAACACAGCUUGCCCCAGGCACGGUGAAGGCAACAGGAGAGAAUGGCUGAACAAGUUGCAGGCAGUCGCUCUUAAGCUAUGAAAAAAAGGGGGAUCUUUUCUUAUUCCAAAAGCCAAGUCAGAAAUUGAAAGCGAUAACUAAUCUGCGUGUUUUGUAAGCAUGGGGUAGAGGUGCCCACCGCCCUCUUCAGCUGAAGGCAGCCAGGAUGGGCAAAAGACUCUAAAACGCCGCAGUUGAUGAGGUGCAACUUGACUGAGCUCAGCUGGUCCAGUAAUAAAGAAGUGGCCCUGUUAGCCUUGAAUGCGUGAACACAGGAAGCUGCCUUAUAAUAUUGUCUGCUCUGACUGGCAGCAGCUCUCAAAGGUAUUGGAUGUGGGUAGGACGGCCCGUGAAGGAGCUGCCAACUCCAGCAUUCACCGUGGACCUGGAUACGGCAAAGAGGAACGCGGUGCAAAUGAAGGAUCGCUGCAAGGCCCUGGGGAUAUCCCUAAGGCCUCACAUGAAAACCCACAAGACACUGGAAGGUGGAAGUCUCAUGACUGGCGGCACACUGCGGAAGAUUGUGGUGUCCACUUUGGCUGAGGCCCGGUUCUUUGCGGACGGCGGCUUUGACGACAUCCUGUAUGCCUACCCGCUACCCUUUGACAAGGUGGAAGAGUGUGCCGCCUUGGCGGAAAGGCUAGAAGCCUUCCACGUGCUGGUGGACAGCCAUGAAGCCUUGGGCCUGUUGAAGAGGAGGCACUUGUGCCACAGCAAGCGCUGGAAGGUGUGGCUGAAGAUCGACUGCGAAAACAGUCGAGCCGGCCUGAUGCAUUCUGAUCCAGCUGCCCUCGAGCUAGCGAAGGCGAUUGCGGAAGGAACCACUGAGCUGGUGGGGAUAUAUGCGCACUGUGGCAAUUCCUACAACUGCCACAGGGUGUCUGAAAUCCAGUCUGUUGCUCGGACCACUACCAUGUUGACCCUGAAGUUCAUGGACAAGCUGGCAGGACUGGCCCCCUCGCUGUCUAGCAUUGGUUCCACUCCAUCCUGCAGCCACCCGGUGCCAGAGAUGGCCCAACUCAGCGAAGUCCAUCCUGGGAACUACUUCUUCUAUGACGCCCAGCAGUUGACGAUCGGCUCCUGCCAGCUGGAGGACAUUGCCGUCCGGGUCUUGACGAGGGUGAUUGGCCACUACCCGCACCGCAACCAACUGCUGGUGGACUGCGGCUGGACUGGGCUGAGCCUUCACAGCCUGGGCCAGCUGCCAACAGGCUACGCCCUCGUGGAAGGCCAUCCUGACCUCAAGUUGGUAGGAAUGACCCAGGAGCAUGGCAGAAUUGAGCCCAUGGAAGGCAAGCUGGAUUUUGCCAAGUUCCCCAUGGGCAGCCUCCUGGCAUUGAUUCCUUAUCAUGCCUGCGCCACAGCCGCCAUGCACCCUCUUUACUACAUUCACAGCAAGGGCCAGGUGGUGGGUACAUGGGAGCCGAUCAGAGGCUGGUAAAGAAGAGGAGGUGAGCUUUGCAAAAGGAUGGCUUGGCCAGGAGGGUCCCCCAGAAGAACGACGGACACUGUCUUUAUGCACAGGGUGUGCACAGAGUAAUUUGAGCUCUGGCCACACAGAAGUAGUUCAGUAAAACUAUGCUCUCAUCAA